GCCAAAGCUGUACACUACCCAUCUCAAACAUAUGAAAUAAUGGCUUCUCUUGAGGAUACACUGCAAGGAUCUCUUGACCUUCCAUUUCCUGCUGCUACCAAACAGGUGGCUGGGAUUGUGGAAGGGGUCAAAACAGACGUCAUGGUCAUGAACUUUAGUGAUAAGAUCAUGCUCACUAUCUCUCAAGAGGGCCGACUAUCUCAUUGGCUUCAUGUGCCACUUGGAAAUACGAACCCAGGGACCGAUGGCAUGCAUACUUUCUCCGAGAGCACGGAGGACAGUCUAUUGCCCCUCAGCACCUUGACAGCAACAUCGAUUCUGGGCGGUCAUGGUGCUGGACGGGAUACGAUUGGGCAAUUACUUGCGCGUCAAAUUGGCAGUGCUAUUGCGACCAAGUCGCCUGCCGAAAAGCGCCUUUUGGUUGUUGGUCUAGGACUCCGCGCCGCCGCUUCAGACAGAGACUCCUUCUUUGCAAUUGUCGACCUUGUUUUGCAAUGCAUCUAAUCUUGCUCUCCUCGCCACACAACGAACGAUCGAGAGUUUCAACUUUCAACUGUUGAUCUACGUUCGACACGAAUCUCGUCUAUAGUCUGCACAGCAAAUGAAUUAUCUGCUGGAGACAGACACACCCGUGGCUAUGUUUACAAGCAGCCCGAGAAAUUCAUCUCCCGGCUUGCAAACGGGGUUUAAUCCUUGAACUAGUGCAUCAAAUUUUAUGAGCUUAUGGCACCACAUCAAGGAUGUACACAGGGGAACGAUGCCGACGGAAUCGUGCAGAUUACAGGCCUGGCAUUGGCGGUACACUUGUCCUAACGACUUGCCAUCAAUUCUCGAAACCACGAAGGCUCCCGAGACUGACUCUGGCUAGCCUAAGCGCCACCCUUUAGGCCAAGUGGAGAAUGUCCAGAUAAUUCAUAAUCGCAAUUAAUAUGCCUUCAAAGUCAGCUACUAUGGCUUAAUUCUCUAUCUCACGUUAAGCAAACCAUAAAAACAAACGCAAUAAAAAAUUGUAUAAUAAUGAUGAAUGCUU